AUGACUAUGUAUCCUAAUGCCAAGGUUCUAUUAACAAUACGUGAUAAAUAUGAUUGGUUAUAUAGUUUACGUAAAGUAGUCUUACCAAAAUCUACGGAUCCAUGGAAACUUAAAAUUGAAGAAGGUGAUCAAGUAUUAGGAAUUGAUUCAAAUUUUUAUAAAAUGAGUGAAGAUUCAUUAAAAUUUGCAUUUCAAAAAAAUCAUAUUAAUUUAGAUGAUGAUGAAAUUUUACUUGAAUGUUAUGAUGAAUAUAACAGGUUAGUACAAGAAAUUGUACCACCGGAACGUCUUCUAAUACAUCAUCUUGGUGAUGGUUGGGAAUCAUUAUGUCAAUUUUUAAAUGUUGAUAUACCGAAUGGUAUAUCAUAUCCUUGUGCAAAUUCACAUCAUCAAAUGACACAAUUAACGGAACAAUUAAUUAAACAUAAAUCAUUGGAUGAUAUAAUCCAUAUGUUUCCUGGAUUGAUAUAAAAUGAUUAUAUAUAGUUGUUCAUUGAUAUUAACUGUAAUAAAGUUAUUCAAUUUGUCAAGGUUUUUUUGAUGAUACAAAUUAGUAAGUCAAUCAAUCAGUCAGACAUUCACCAACAACAUAGAACUUUGUACGCACAUACAUCAGUUCGAGUUGCCAUACCACAUUAGCACAGAGAUGCAGUUGUCG